AUAUUCCCUGCUAACAAGGGAGACAAAAUCAGUUAUUUUUGUAAAUUGAAGCCACAAUUAGAAUGAAAACAAUCAGAAACGAUAUUUUUCAACGCAGUGGGUAAAAGCAGUCACGAGACUCAUAACUCUGUCCUGCUGGUCCAGCAUAAAGCAUUGCCUACCACAAACCUCUUCAUUUGCUUCAGAAGAGAGCUUCAUCCAUGGACCAAUCUUUGGGCAGAGGAAAGGGUACCAUAGGUCCAACAAUGUCAGAAUUUAAACUAGGAAUCCAAUUUCGAAUUAGUCUUUGUAGCAGCUUUGCAACCAAACCAAUCGAAGACAAGGCCAACCUACCUAUGGAAGAAGAUCUAACCUAGCAUAUGACAAGGCCAGGUAAUUUCAAAGUCAUGAGAAAUGUAUCUGUUCACUUUCAAAGAAAAUGGGUCUAUUCUC